AUGAGACAAAGACAAGAGCUUGCACAUAGAGCUUUUCGGGCCCGGUUGAUGGAGCGGCAUAGACGUAGGCUUGAAGCUUCAAAGUUCUGGAUAAAGCUUGAAGGACAACCGGACACCAUUGAGGCUGUUGCACAAGCAGUUGGCAUUGCAUCGCCUAAUGGUCGUGCUAUUUCUGCUACCGACUCAUCGGGAAAUGCUGGCUCUUUUCUGGAAACCAAUGCCAUCAACAAGACCGCCAUCGAAAUGUACCUGAGAGAAAUACCGAGCCUCACUAACUUCAUUCCAACAUUUAUCCCACGCAACCCGGCAAAAAGGAGUCUUUCAUCUCAUUCACCGCAUUCAAUGUUGAACAUCGAGUCAACGCUCCCUGAUCGCCGACUAGCGCACUUGCAUGAUGAACCACGCCCCGAGCAUAUUGAGUAA